AUGGCGGAUAGUAUCAUUGUCAGAGUUCAGUCUCCAGAUGGGAUGAAGAAAAUUCCUUCAACCAGAAAAGAAACGGCAGCAGCUUUUCUUAAAAAGGUGGGCCAAGAGUUUGGGUUCAACUCCAAUGGCUUCUCAGUUUAUCAGAACCGCAACAAAACCGGAGAAAUCCUGUCGCAGAACAAGGCCCUCAGCAUUCUAAAGAUCAAACACGGAGACAUGUUGUUCCUGUUCCCAUCGGGGGCCAGUACGUCUCAAACUGAAAUCAUGGACACCGCGACGCCCCACUCGUCUUCAUCCUUCCCCUCCUCUUCCUCCUCCUCCGCCUUCCCCUCCACCUCUUCCUCUUCUGCUUCUUCCUCCUCCUCCAUCAUCCCUCGCUCCUUCUCUUCAAAUCACGUCCAGGAAGAUGAAAUCGACCAAUUUCUGGCCAAACAAGACGGGAAAAUCUACAGAAACAAAGACCCACAGCUAUGUCACCACGGUGCUCUGGGGAAGUGUGUGCACUGCGUACCAUUAGAGCCUUUCGACGAGGACUAUCUGAACCACCUGGACCCUCCGGUGAAGCACAUGUCGUUCCACGCUUAUCUGCGCAAACUGACCGGAGGAGCCGACAAAGGGAAGUUUGCGGCUCUCGAGAACAUCAGCUGUAAGAUAAAGUCGGGCUGCGAGGGACAUCCGCCGUGGCCUGAAGGAAUCUGUACAAAGUGUCAACCGAGCGCCAUCACUCUCAACAGACAGAAAUACAGACACGUAGACAACAUCAUGUUUGAGAACCACACCAUCGCUGACCGCUUCCUGGACUUCUGGAGGAAGACGGGCAGUCAGAGGAUGGGUUAUCUGUACGGACGAUACACAGAGCACAAAGACAUCCCUCUCGGCAUCAGAGCGGAGGUGGCUGCUAUCUACGAGCCGCCACAGACGGCCACUCAAAACAGCCUCGAGCUGCUGGAAGAUCCGAAAGCCGCUGCUGUGGAUGAAAUCGCAGCCAAACUGGGACUUCGCAAGGUGGGGUGGAUCUUCUCUGACCUGGUCUCUGAGGACACUAGAAUAGGGACAGUGCGAUAUUCAAGAAACCAGGACUCGUACUAUCUGAGCGCGGAGGAGUGCAUCACCGCGGGACACUUCCAGAACCAGCAGUCGAACCCCUGCAGACUCUCCAGGGACGGCCACUUCGGAUCCAAGUUCGUCACGGUCCUCGCUACAGGAGGCCCAGAUAACCAGGUGCACUUUGAGAGCUACCAGGUGUCGAACCAGUGCAUGGCCCUGGUGCGGGACGAGUGUCUGCUGCCCUGCAAAGACGCUCCGGAGCUGGGAUACGCCAAAGAGUCCAGUCCGGAGCAGUAUGUGCCCGACGUCUUCUUCAAGGACAAAGAUAAGUUUGGGAAUGACGUCACGUUUCUGGCUCGACCGCUUCCUGUGGAGUAUCUCAUUAUAGACAUCACAACGACGUUCCCAAAAGACCCUCAGUACACGUUCUCCUCGACACAACGCUUCCCCAUCGAGAACCGGGAAAUGCUCGGAGAAACACAAGAUUUCCACAGUUUAGCCACGUACUUGUCUCAGUGCAGCUCCACGGUUUUCCUGAACAUCGUGUCGGACUUCCACCUGCUGCUCUUCCUGGUCACCAACGAAGUCAUGCCUUUAGGAGACAGUAUCGGCCUGCUCCUCGACGCGGUGAAAACGUCUAACGAAGACUUGGCUCAAACAUGGAAGAAAUCCGAGCAAUGGGCGACAAUCGAGCAACUCUGCACCACUGUGGGUGGGCAGCCAUCCAGUUCCCAGGGUUACGGCGCGAUGGGCGGCCCCUCGGCACCGGUCUCGGACGCCUCCAUGUGGUCGUGUCUGCACUGCACCUUCAUGAACCAGCCGGGCACCGAGCACUGCGAGAUGACGGGGCAGCUGAAACGCCACCAGUUCAGAUUGUUUUCUUUCGCGGUCAAUUCCAAACCCAGAGAAGCUGAUUCUUUACAAGUUUUUGGUGUGAAUUGCGAGAGUUUCUCUGAUGUCAUGGACAGCUUUUCCUUUUGUAAUGAUCUGGACGUUUGCUGA